CCACCAUGUAAACAUUGAGGUGUGCGUGAGUUGUGUCGACGUCCCGAGGACCCGUCACCCCAAGACCGCCUCUGCCUGUUGGAGAAAGACUAAGUUCAUAAGGAAGGGCGGAGGACUUGCUGUGACGUCCAGGGUACAGCUCACCAGUGUAGGGGCAUCAUGGCCUCCCCCUCCUCCAAUGCUGUGAAGAGGUAUCGUCGAGAGGAACCAAAGUCAAGUGAUGAGGAGGAUGACUAUGAGCCAUAUGUUCCUGUCAGGGAGAGGAAGAAGCAAAAGCUGAAGCAAAUCCUUAAAAUAUCACAAGAGGACGAUGAGAGUGGUGGCCUUAGUGGACAGGAGCGUGAUGGAGGCCCUCAGGAGCAGGACGUGCAGGAGCUGGCCCGCAAGAACAACAUCUCCCUCCUGGACCAACACACAGAGCUCAAGAAGAUUGCAGAAGCUCGGAAAGAAUCUGAGCUAGAGAAGCAGCGAAGGGAAGAGGAACGUCUUCUGGAAGCUGUAGCAGAGAAGCGAGCGCUGAUGGCAGUGUCUGAGCUGGCCAGAGGCGUGCAGUACGAGGAACCUGUUGUCACAGCCUGGCGGCCUCCCAAGCGUAUUCUGGCCAUGGACAACAAGCGCCAUGACAGGGUGCGCAAAAAGUACAACAUAUUAGUUGAAGGGCAGGAUGUCCCUCCUCCCCUCAAGAGUUUUGCAGACAUGAAGUUUCCUCGAUGCAUCACCAAAGCUUUGCUGAAGAAAGGAAUUCAGAAACCAUCCCCCAUCCAGAUGCAGGGCAUUCCAGCGGCCCUGCAAGGCCGAGAUAUGAUUGGCAUUGCCUUCACCGGAAGUGGGAAGAGUAUGGUCUUUGUUCUCCCCAUCGUCAUGUUCAGUCUGGAGCAAGAAAAGAAGCUGCCUUUCAUGAACAAUGAAGGCCCAUAUGGUCUGAUCAUUGUUCCAUCAAGAGAGCUUGCAAAACAGAUCAAGGACAACAUAGAUUAUAUCUGCAAGUUUACUGAAGCUGAUAACUUCCCAGAAAUAAGAACUUGCCUUGCCAUUGGUGGAGAGCCGGUGGCCACGUCCCUGCAGGUCAUCAAACAAGGCGUGCACAUCAUGGUGUGUACUCCCGGCCGCCUCAUUGACAUGCUGGACAAGAAGAUGGUGCGACUCGAUGUCUGCAGAUACCUUGUAAUGGAUGAGGCAGACAGAAUGAUUGACAUGGGCUUUGAAGAGGAUGUGAGGACAAUCUACUCAUACUUCAAGGCCCAGAGGCAAACGCUGCUCUUCUCUGCCACCAUGCCAAAGAAAAUACAAAACUUUGCUCGGUCAGCUUUGGUCAAACCCGUGACGGUGAAUGUUGGCCGUGCAGGAGCUGCCUCCAUGUGUGUCAUCCAGGAGGUGGAGUAUGUGAAGCAGGAAGCGAAGGUGACCCACAUUCUGACGUGCCUCAACAAGACCUCUCCACCAGUCCUCAUAUUUGCGGAGAAGAAGCAGGACGUGGACCUGAUCCAGGAGUACCUCCUCUUGAAGGGCGUCACUGCGGCAGCCAUCCACGGAGGGAAGGACCAGGAGGAGAGAUCAGCUGCUGUCCAAGCUUUCCAGAAAGGAGACAAGGAUGUCCUGGUAGCUACUGAUGUGGCCUCCAAAGGUCUGGACUUCCCGGGCAUCCAGCACGUCAUCAACUAUGACAUGCCGGACGACAUAGAAAACUACGUCCAUCGCAUUGGUCGUACGGGUCGCUCCGGCCAGCAGGGCGUGGCCACCACCUUCGUCAACAAGGCCAACGAUGAGUCGGUGUUGCUGGAUCUGAAACACCUGCUGCUGGAAGCAAAGCAGAAGGUUCCUCCAUUCCUGACCAUGCUGGGUGGCAUGGAGGAGGACAUGCUUGCCUCCCUGGAGGAUGACACCGGCGAUGAGCGUGGCUGCUCCUACUGUGGCGGCCUGGGUCACCGCAUCACAGCCUGCCCCAGGCUGGAGGCCAUGCAGAAUAAGCAGGCCGCAGGAAUUGGUCGCAAGGAUUAUCUUGCUGCUAAUGCUGCUGACUACUAGGCAGAUCAUUCUAGGAGAGUGACUUACUGUCUGAAGAGUAUUGUAUAUAUUACUGCUAUUGACUUGUAUGUAUAUAUCAUAAUUAAUAAUGUUUACCCUUGAUCACAAUGUUUUGUCACCAGUGCAUAAAGAUCUGAGCAUGAGUUACUUCAGCUGAAUAGAACCUGAGUAUGGUGUUAAAGGCUCAAGAAUUUAGGUUUCAGUAAACACCCUUAAAUAAGAAGGAGUCAUCAAUAAUGUUACAGUUAGUGUUGGUCUGGACGACGGGUGUGUCAGCGUGCAGUGUGUUCAGUUCACUGGCUGAUAAUAUCUCUUACAUUUCUCCUACACUUUCUCCAUUAAUUAAAAAAGUUUACAGCUUUCCGCUUGUGAUGAAACUUCCAAUGAAUAUGUAAUGAUAAGCAACAAAAUAGAGUCUGUUGUCAGGUUUGGGGUAUGUUUAGUGAGAACAGUGUGUGUUUAUUAUUACCCAGCUGUUUGAUCACUAUUUUUAUAGGUUUCUUUCUUUCAAUGUUGUGUUACUUGUGAACAUGUCCUUCUGUAUACUUCUAUAUAUCUGCACAAUGAAGAAGUAAAAAAAAUAAAACCAUUAAAAAAAAUCUUGGAAUCAAUUUUUUGAGGAUGAACAAAGCAAAGUAUUAACAAGUAACAACAGUCACCAGGUUACCACUUCAAGGACAAGAACUAGCAGCGAGGCGGACAAGUGGACCACAAUUAGCACAAGUCUAGAUGGUCACUGAUUGUUAUAUGCCAUGGCUGGGUGGUAGCGACGAGGGGACAAAAAUAACCAUGUAUUUUAUAGCCUUUGUUGUGUCAUCCUUUUGCAACGAGAGAGAGAGAGAGAGAGAGAGAGAGAGAGAGAGAGAGAGA